CAAAUUACUGUUUAUGCAAACUUCGCAAAGUUCACUCAGCAAUAGACCGAUUAUAUUCAGAAAGGAAAGUGAACGCGAGAGCUUUGAAGUUCUCCAAACUCAUCGAAUAAUUGAUGGUCGCGUUUUUCAAAUGGAUAACCAACGCUAUCUCAUGCCUUGUGAUGCUCCGGAGAAAAAGCGUCUUCAUAUGCAACAUUAUUUAUUUAAAGAAAUAUGGAAUGGUAACUUCUCGUCUCCGAUACAUGAAAAGUUAAAGCAAGGAGGAAUGCGUGUCCUUGAUUCUGGCUGCGGAAUGGGUAUUUGGACUCUCGACAUGGCUAAUGAAUAUCCUGCAUCGACAUUUGUGGGUGUUGAUGUAGUUGAAAUAUCACCAAUCAAUACACGACCUCCAAAUGCUGAGUUUCUUCAAUUCAAUUUAUUAAAUGGAGUAUUAUUUCCAAA